AAAUUCGUCAGAUCUACCCAAAUAUAAAUCCUAAUCAAAAAUGAAACUGUUUACUUUGGAUAUUCUUAUUUCACCUCUUUAAAUCUAUACAGCGAUUUCAAUGGAGUACUGGAAGUCUCAGCCGCGGUUCUGUUUUGGGUUCCUCGGAUGCCCAUCAUCACAAUUUCCUGAUUUUUUAGCAUUGUUUCGAACUCGUUAACCAAUUCCCAUUUUUCAAUGGCCUACUAAAUUUUUUUUUAAAUUCCCCUUUAAAUUUCGUUGAUGAAGUAUUAUUAUAAAUGCUGGAACAAUUAAGAUGAUGGCUCGGUUAAUUUCGGGAGUUCGCAACUUGUUCCAUCGAUAUCCGUUCGUCACCAAUAGCGCCAUCUAUGGGAGUCUUUAUGUGGGCGCCGAGUAUUCCCAGCAAUUCGCAUCCAAACGCUGGUUGGCCACGGCGAGCAAGCCCGAGGAUAUCGAUUAUGCAACAAUAGGAAGAUAUGCCGUGAUGGGUACUGCAGUAUAUGCCCCAACACUUUACCUUUGGUACAAAUGGUUAGAUCGCGCUUUUCCUGGCACCACUAAGGUUAUCAUAGUUAAAAAAUUAGUGCUUGAUCAGUUUGUACUAACGCCUUAUCUAUUGACUGUGUUUUAUGCAGGCAUGUCCAUCAUGGAGGGCUCUGAGGACAUUUUCCUGGAACUCCGCGAAAAAUUCGUGCCGACUUUUAUGCGUUCCUGCAUUUUCUGGUUGCCCGCGCAGGCCUUGAACUUUUCCCUGGUUGCACCCCGAUUCCGUGUCAUCUAUAUGGGUAUUUGUGGAUUGAUUUGGGUGAAUAUUCUAUGUUGGACCAAGCGGCAAAGUCUUCCAGUCGCAACGAAAGAAAUUGCAACUGAUUCAAAUAACAAUGCAGCUGUCAUAAGGAAUUCCGAAACAUGAGAUUUGAAUACACACACCAUAACCAUGUAUAUAGUGCUAGAUAGUUUUUGACCAUGCAUUGCCAAAUAAAGGAGAAGCAAAGAG